CAAUCAACGCACAGCAUUCGUUGAACUGCAAUGGCGGACCCAGCGGCGCUACUUGGAGGCGUUGCUCCUCCCCGCGCGCCCGUUAAGAUGUCCAGCUGCGGGGACUGCGUGGUGAUGAUGCUGAAGCUGCUUUCAGACUUUCACAAACAGCUGAACUUGGGUGAUGCUGCUUUGAGGAUGGAAGUCAACCUUGAUGCUGUGAAACCUCCGUUUCCCUCAGCUGCUCGGGUCCACGCCGGUUUGCAGGAUCACAUCGCUAAAUUACAGUUGGUCUCAGACGACCUGAAGUCGCUCGUGGACAGUUCUGCAAACAGCGACGCGUCAGCUGAAGCUGUCAGAGCGCCGGCGGAAGCGGCGCACGGGCGCCGAAGCUCAGAGGACACGACAGCUGCUGACGUCACGGUUCAGAUCAAAGCUGGAAAAUCAGAGAUUGAGCGAAGAAUAUCUGCAUUUAUGGAGCGCAAGCAGAUGGAGAUCAAUGAAAACAAUGUGCGCGAGUUUUGCAACGUGAUCGACUGCAAUCAGGAGAACAGCUGCGCCAGAACGGAUGCGGUUUUCACCCCGUACCCGGGCUUCAAAAGCCACGUCAAAGUUUCUCGUGUUGUGAACACUUAUGGUCCCCAGACCGGUGGUGCUGGGGGGGGGGCCGGAGAGGCUGGGGAGCAGCCGAGGGGGGGGACGACCCGAGACUGUGGAAAUGCAGCCAUAGAGGAGCGACUUCGGAACGUUGAGACUCACCUGAGACUCCCUGCAGCGGGGCCGGUGCCUCUCAGCGUCUUCCACAGGCUGAAGAAGCUGGAGGAUCGGAUCCUGGAGCUGGAGGGGCUGUCACCCGAGUACUUUCAGUCCACGAAUCACCUGCACAAGCGACCAAAACCGUCCUUCACUCAGGCCUGCAGCCUGACGGAGCUGGAUGAGAGGAUCAGCGCCGUCAGAACCGCACUGAUGAAGAAGGCGACUCAAUUCGGGCCUGGAUUUGGGAGCGACUGUGGGCUGUGAUUCACUCUCCCAAAGCCAAACAAUGGCUUAGCUAAUGCCUCACCUGUGGUGUCAUCAGCUCACCUUUCAUUAGCAGCAUUCUCAGCAUCCCUCACUUCAAAUCAGGGCUGUUCCCAAAACGCUCCGGAGCCCAAGGAACAAAAGACGCAGCAAAUGGGAUCAAACAAUGAGCACAGCUUCCAACCUGACAUUAUACUCAGCAGCCGGGUCUACGUCCUGCUACCUCUGAUGGGCGUGCACGUAUGUGCAUGUUCCCAUGUGCGUGUGUGCCUUCAUGUUUAUGGGUUUGUGCAAUUUGUGUGUAUGUGUGCAUAUGUGUGUGUUCCUAUGUGCACACACAUCUGUUGCUAUGUGCAUUUAUGUGCAUGUGUGCACACGUGUGUGAUUUCAUGUGCACACAUGCACAUGUAUGUCUGUGUGUGUGUUUAUGUGCGCAAGUGUGCAGAUGUGUACGUGCACAAACGCAUGCAUGUGUGUUUAUGUGCACACAGGUCUUGUGUGCACAAAAACACGAGUGUGUGUGUGUGUUUAUGUGUGAUUGUGUGUGUGUGUUUAUGUGCACACAGCUCAUUUGUGUAAUGCUUAAUUAAACAAAUGAGCUGAUUUCUGCACGUCUGUUGGGGAAAUGGGCGGAACCAGGAGAACGGCGUCGAGCGGGACGCCGCUCCGCUCGGCGCUGAGCGGGACGCCGCUCCGCUCGGCGCUGUGACCGUCCUGCUGCUGAGAUGGUUUUCAGGUUCCUGUUCUAGAAAGGCUGAUCUACGUUCCUUUGGGUCUUCUGCUGGAAUGAAAGCUGUCAGAAGAAUUCUGUUUGGACUUUUGGCUUUUUCUUCUAAAAGUUGAUUAAACAUGAAUGUGUUUGAUGAAAAUAAAAUGGGACAAGUUUCAAAUCCUGAA